UUUAUUCAAAUAAGUACUCUAUAUAUAGGCUAAAUAACUCUACACUUCCUCCUAUAAUAUUUGGAAAAUACCCGUUUUUUGGUGAAAAUGUCUAGCGAUUGUGGUAAGCUGGAGACCGAUGUUGAAAUCAAGGCUUCUGCUGCCAAGUUCCAUGAAAUGUUCACACACAAACCACACCACAUCUCCAACGCCAGCAAUAGAAACAUUCAGGGCUGUGACCUACAUGAAGGUGACUGGGGAACCGUCGGAUCUGUGGUCUACUGGAAUUAUUUCCAUGAUGGAAAAGCCAAAGUUGCUAAGGAGUUGAUUGAAGCCAUAGACGCUGAAAAUAAUCUGAUCACUUUCAAAGUGAUUGAAGGAGAUCUUAUGGAGCAUUACAAGAGCUUCAAGAUCACCAUCCACGGAACUCCGAAAGACGAGGGAUGCAACGUGCACUGGACUAUGGAGUAUGAGAAGCACCAUGACGAUAUUGAAGAUCCACAUACAUUGCUCCAGUUUGUAGUUGAGCUCUCCAAAGAUAUUGAUGCUCACCUUACAAGCACCGAUGCAAAAUAAACACAGAAGGCUUAAGGCUUAAGUAUAUGAUCUGUGAUUAAUCUGUGUGCUGCAAUCACGAUCUAUCUGCAUGUGUGUGAUUAAUAAAAACAUUUGAUAUGACGACUGUUUCGUUCGUAUCAAAUCACGUUUGUGUGUUUAUAUAUAUAAGAUGUGCGUGGGCUAGGGUUACCUUAUCGAACUUUUACUUAUUGGUGUAUGUCCUUUAUUUCAUGUGCUACCUCAUCGAACUUUUACUUAUUGGUGUAUGUCCCUUAUUUCAUGUGAUUAUGUUAUCUUCUGCAAAAUUUGUGGC